GAUUCUUGUCGAUGUAAUUUUUAUUCAUUUCAAAAAUAAAUAUUUUCUUUUUUUUUUCCUCAUUUUUUUUUCGUUGUGUUUUCCCAAUUAUUUCUCCCAUUUCUCAGUUUAUUUGUGUCCCCAAUUGCUUAACUUCCAUUUUAUGUUGUAUUUCCGCAAUAUUUUGUUGCGAAAAAGUGGCAGAAGAAAGUGAAAAUGUGAUGGUUUUUCUUGUGAGAAAAGCAGGUUGAAAAAUUCCGAUAAGACUUAUCUUGCGUAAAAUCUUUAAUUAUCUCACGACUUUUCUUCCAUUCCACCGUGUCUUCUCCAUUUGUGAUUACCUGAAGACAUUUCCCAGGUAUUUUUGGAGAAUUUAAAAGUAUUUUUGUGCCAAAAAACUGUGAAAAUAAACGUGGAAGGAAUUUUUAGUGAAAGUUUUGCAAAAUAUUUUUUGUGGGUGUUCCCGGAAAGUUCUGACGGCGGGUGGAAGGAUCUUGUGGACAAGCGGAGGGAUAGUCUGUGCAUUAGACAGAUCAUCGACCUUGUGUUUGUGUGCAGGAAUAGCAAAAACAGGCAGAAGUGCAUUAUUGAGGAGAGGAGCUUCUCAAUUGGGCAGCAAUUGACUGUGAAUGGAGGAGGAGGAGUGAUUCAAUGAAUUUAUCAGCAGAACUCGGGAUGAGUCAUGGCAAUUGUUGACGACUUCUUUGUACCACCACAUUCCCCCGUUUAGCACGUUUUGCUGCUGAGCUGACGCUUCACACACAGAGAGUUCUUGCUACAAAAAAAAAGUUUUAUUUUGUGAAGAAUCGAAUUUCUUGUCCAGUAAACAAAAAAAAAAGAGAAUAAUGGAUUGUCCACGUCCUGUGCCACGUCCACGGAAGAAUCUCCAGCAAAAGACAUCCACGGAGGAAGCACCGAAAAAGUAUGAGAAUGUCACGAAAGACAAAACAAUCUUCAACAUCAGAGAAGAUCAGCCAAAAGAAGGGAAGCAACGGAAGGAGAAUAAUGUGGAUGAGCUGGAUAACCCGUAUAGGAAUGUCAUCACAGAGAUGAACAACCUCAAUUUGGAGCUCAACAAGAGCCUCUCAAUGGAGAAGAAACUCCUCGAAGCUGCAGGCCCAGAGGAGGAAGCCCGGAAACCCGUUCCAGCUCCUCGAAGGCAUCAAUCCAGUGAAACAGGCGCUGUGAGUAAGAAGCCCACAAGGAAGGCUCCAGGCCUCCCACCCAAUAAAACCGACACCCCAUCAUCAUCAGCUGCAGAGCCCCCGAAGAAGCCAGCACGAAGGUGCUCCCGAGACAAUCCACAAACAACCAAAAUCUACCCAGAGCUGCAAAUGGAUGAAUUGCCGACAUCAGCACUGGAGAAAUCCCCCUCCAGCAGCACACUCAGCAGCUCACAUUCCAGCAACGACAAUCUCUCCAAGUUUAAAACUUCAUCACCAGGAGAUCUCCUUAAAUCGAUUGGGGCUACAUCGAAGCUUCUCAAGGAUUCAAUUUCGGAACGUGUGCAGGCAAAGACAAAGGAGACGCGUCACAAAUUGGACAAGAACUUUCAGACGUCGCGCGAUAAACUUUCCGUGUGGGGCAAUGAGACGAGUUCGAAGUUGAAGAAUGUAAUUGGGAGUGGGCAGAAUUUUUCUCUUGGGCGCAAGGAGAAGAAAGCGCCGGCAUUUGAUCCGGAUAGGCCGCAAACGUUGCCGCCCAAUGAUACGGUCUUCCAGUCGAUUCAAUUCAAUAGCCCCCUGCAGAGUAAGACGAAUAAUUGUGGGGAUAUUAGUGUGGCAGAGUCCUCGUAUGAGAUCCCACGGAGUAAGAUGUCCCUGACAAGUGGUACGAGUGGGUCAAUUGAUGUUGCUGCCGCGGGGAAUAAAUCCAUCCCGGGUUCCCCGCAUUUGGCCGGCAAUUUCGAGAGGAAUUCCUCAAUGACACAGAGUAUGGUUAAUCCGGUGGUUAAGCCUCGAAGGCCUCCACCGCCAGUUAUGCGAAUCCGCAGUGAGAGUAAUCUCUGUGCUCCUGAUUCGGAUUCAUCCUCAGUCGAGGGAUUCCCCUGCCCCAAAGGCCCGGCGCCGGUGCUCAAAGAAGAAGAGCCCUAUGGGAAGAUUAGCAAGUCAAAGUAUGAGGAUAGCACGGAAUCUGAUUCCCCAGAUGUUCAAAUACGUCGGCAUAAGGAUUAUGAGAACACCAAUGUGGCUUCAAAUCGUGCCACAGUGGAUUCCAAUGAGAAUACCCUCUAUCCGCGUCUUUUCUCUCGCUUGGCGAGUGUUGAUAGUGCUGUGGAUGAUUACUACGCAGCCAGGAAGCGCAAGGAUGCAGGAGAUGCGAAUGUGAGUGAUUCCUGGGCAUUCUAUGAUGUAGCUGGGAAUGAGGAGGAGCGCGAGAUGAGUUCUCCGGAGCCAAUUUAUGCAAAUGAUGGGCCAGUGAGGGAACCCGUGUAUGGGCUUCUGUGUGAAAUGGAGUCCGAUAAGAGUAUCAUAGCUCCGAGGAAAGUGACUCAAAAUCAGGCAAAGAGGAUUUCAAUGAGGAAUCCAAAGGAUAUUAUUGAUGAAUUUGAUCCACUUUUUGCGGCAUCCGUCAGUGAGGAUUUCCAGAAUAAGAGUAAUCAGUUGAUUUUGCUGGAGAAUCUCCUCGCGGAGGAAACUUAUGGGUCUAUUGAUGAUGACAACAUUACGGAUGAUCAGAGUUUGACGCCGGAUUUGUCGGAUGAUGACAACUCAAGCGUUGACACGGGAAUUCCUGAGAGAAGGGAACCCGAAGCAGGAAGCUCCGGAGAAGCUUCUGGGGCUUCCGGAGGAGCAAAAAGAAGCGUAAUUGUGCAUCAAAAUCUCCGCCUUAGGUCCGAUAGUGUUGAGAAUAUUGUCGAUGAGGCAGAAAUUGAACCGUAUUUAUCACAAAUUGAUGAAGAUCACUUCAGUGCUGAAGGAGCCACAGCGGAUUUGCGUCGUCCAACAGCUCAACGUACCAAUUGGUUCGUGGAUGAAGCUGCAGCAGUGGAAAAGUAUGCAAAAGAUCAAAAUAUCGAUCCGGCAAAUAAGAAUGAUCUCUCGGGGAGGAGAGUGCAAGAAAAAGUGGGCAAAAGUCUCCCAAAAAUCCCUCCAGGAGAUCCCCCGUCGUAUCAAGAAGCAAUAAAUGAAGGCGCCAAUCCGGCAGCAAGUGGUCUUCCGGAUAAAGCACCCAAACCCCCAGCUCCAGGAACACUUCCGGGAAAUCCCUCAAUGAUGUCACGCUUCCAAAAUGUCUUCCAGAAGAGUAAGAAAAAUCUCCUGAGAAAAUCGAGUUUCAAGGCAAAGAAGGACGUGGCAACAGUGCUGGAGAUGAUCCCUAAGCCAGGGAUUGUUCCACGAGGAACUCGCUAUGAUGGCUAUUUAAUACGUCUCCCAUCGGGUACGGGAGUUGUUAAGGAUAUUCUCAAGGAAUUCCAGAGUCGCUACGUGAUUCUGCAUGAGCAGAAAUUCUCAACAUUCCUCGAUGCAAGCGCCAAGACGCCGAAAGAAACCUUCCCGCUGGAUCACGUGACAACAAUUCAAAUUGUUCUAAAUCACAAAUUCAGCAAUAGCACAACGGAGAAGCACUGCUUUGAGGUCACAGUGACAACCCCAAAAGCCCCAAGUCAGGCUCUAAAUAACCCCAAUAUGGUGAUGACGACGACAAAUAGUGGGAAUGCAAAGGCACAGAGAGUGUGCUACUUGUACAGCGCCCCGAAAGCAUCAGAGCGCAAUAGGUGGAUGCAGAGAUUCAUUGAGAGCAUGACUGAGGUGUUCCCAUCAUCAGCAACGUGUGACUACAGCCGUGCUGGAUGGUGCUACCUGAAGAAAUCCAUCACAGCUCAGUGGUCAGGUGCGUGGAUUCUCUUGCAGCGCAGGAAACUUCUCUUCUACAGCAUGGCAGACAAGAAGUUGGAUGUGAUGGAUCUCAGAAAGGCACGUUGCCUCGUACUUAAGGACUCCGAUGAAUCCAUUGUGAAUCUACACGUGGAAUCUGGACCACUCCUCAUGAUUGACUGCCCACCCUUCACCGUAUACUUCAUCAUGAGUUCCCCGCGGGAGACAAAGAUCUGGCGUCAUAUUGUGAAGGAAGAGGCCCUGAAGAAUGGUACACUGCUGAAGCAACAGCAGCUGACGAAGGAUAACGUUCCUGUACUCAUUGACAAGUGCGUCAACUUCAUCUACGCCCAUGGGUCAAUGUCUGAGGGGAUUUACCGGAAAUCCGGUACUGAAAAUGGCAUCCAGAAGCUUCUCAGUGCUUUCCACGCGGAUGCAUUUAGUGUUCAAAUCACUCGCUCUGAGUACUCUGAGCACGAUGUUGCGAAUGUUCUCAAGAGAUUCAUUCGUGAUUUGCCAGAGCCAAUGCUUGGGAAGUACACAGUGGGUUUCCUUAGUAUUUCCUCCCUCAAAUCUGCCACAGAAAAGGUGGAUUCGUACAAACAGCUCCUUCAGCGACUCCCAACAAUCGAAUAUCAGGCUCUGCGCAAGCUUCUGGGGCAUUUGAACUUCAUCCAAUCACAGAAGCAUCACAAUAAGAUGAGCUCAGAGAACUUGGCCAUGAUCUGGGGGGCGAAUUUGCUGUAUGACAGUGAUUCGACAAAUGGUGAAGUGAAGUAUUCCAUGCAGGAGACAGCCACAAUGCACGACCUCAUUGUCUACUACAAAAAUCUCUUCCACCCAACGGUCGAUGAGGUGGCCAAGGAGCAAAUUAUGCUGAGUGUUCUGCAGAAAUAUCACGCCACAGCGGAAAAUCUUGCGGAUACAGUGAAGAAGUCAGGGGAUUUGAAGGUUUGGGUGACAAUUGUGGGGGAGAAGAAUACCCCGGAGGAUAAGCAGCAGGUUAAUGUAUCACUAACACCCACAAAGACAGCGUAUGAUUUGUGCAAGGAACUCGCGGGGAAAAUUAAUCUUCAACCCCACAAGGUGACACUGUCGGAGAUAAUCUUGAAUGGGGAUCUCCAGAGGCCACUUCAUCACACUGAAAAUGUUCUCAAUGUCGUCCUGAGAUGGACUGACUGGUCAGACGCAGAUCGCAAAGAUAAUUAUCUGGAGGUGCGUCCUACAAAGUUCUUGUAUGAAAUUGAACGAGCCUUGAGGAAUCUGCCAACAGUAACACCGAAUACCGAGUUAAAGUUUGCCGAUUGCAAGACAAAGACACUGAAAGCCUUCACGCUGGAACUGAUGGAUGGGAAGAUUACGGUGCUGAAGAAGGAGAAGCAGGUGGAUGUGAAGGUGAAGGAGAUCGAUCUCAAGGGUGUUGUGGCCUACUUGGGAUGCGAGAAGAAGCGCGAAUGUCAAGUACGAUGGGCCAUAACGCUCGUUGAGAAUUCCUUUACAAAAAGGAAUCGAGAUUCUCCAUUUAUGGGACACAUUUUGGCGGGAACAAAUUCCAAUGAUCAAAUCAUUUGGUUCUCCAGCAUCCUCCACUGCCUCCACAAGACGGAUAUUCUUCCCGCACCGGAGCUCAUCCUGCCUUAAUGCACAGAAGCAUUGCCAUUCUAACAUUUUAAUCCUCUUUUUUUAUAUAAUUUUUUCAUUGUUGUAAAUCUAACCCUUUUAGGACUUUAAGGGUGUGCCUACACGUAAAUCCGGAUAAAUGCAAAGGAAAUGUGAUUUUUGAUGAGGAAUUUAGAGCAAACAGCAAGACAUAUUGGCAGAGUGGAGAGAAAAAGAAUUUUAGGAGAAAUUAUUUUACAUAUUUUAUAUUAUUGUACACAUUUAUAUUUUACAAAUAUAUUUCUUGAAAGCGAAA